AACGCUUCGGCUUUAUCAAUAUUCCAAACUCCGCCCAGGCAGUGUGACGUUUCAAGGAGAAUGUCUUCAAUUCCUUAGUUCCAGACAUGGCAGCGCUGAGAGAGGAGCAUCGAUACGGGCUCUCCUGCGGAAAAAUUAAUAAAAAAAGCCCGAAUAAAACACUUUACCACGUCAAGCUCACCGACACCGCAAUCAGGGCGCUCGAGGCAUAUCAGAAUCUCAAGGGGUCGUUACCAAAUCAGACUGUUAUCUGCUUCAAGGGGAACCAAGGGUAUAUCAAGAUCCCAGCUCCUUCCUCGGACUCCCCCGGCGCUCUGCGAUUGUUCUCUUUCUACCUGUCCAGUGAUAGCAAAGAUAAACCUCAGGCCAGCUUUGACUGCAUCCACCACUAUGUCACUGGCUUGGGUCGAGAACAGCUGGAAAGCCAGGGCAGUAUUCAGGAUAAGAUCACCGUGUGUGCCACUGAUGACUCCUACCAGAUGACCCGGGAGCGGAUGUCCCAGGUGGAGAAGGAGACGUGGAGCCGGGCAGCUAUAGAAAUCAAGCCUGGAUCGACCUAUCGAAGUAAAUGUUUUAAAGUUCAGAAGAGGCACGGCCCAGCUCCUGUGUCGGACAGCUUUCCUUUCCGUAAACACUCUCCUCCGAAUCCCACGCUGGCUGUGAAGAGGAGCAGCACUUCCAGUAUUGUCCUGCAGAGACCUCUCCGGGACCGCAUCAUUCACCUGCUGGCCUUAAAGCCGUACAGGAAACCGGAGCUGAUCCUGUGGCUGGAAAGGGAAAAAGCCAACCCGAAGGACAAAGCCGACCUGGCCCUUGUGUUAGAUGCAGUUGCAAAGGUAAACUCUAAGGAGAACAGCUACACUCUAAAAGAUGAGUACUAUAGGCAUGUGCAGAAGGAUUGGCCUGGCUACACUGAAGAGGAAAAGCAGCUUCUCCACAGGCUUCUAAUGAGGAAGCUGCAGCCAACGAACAUAAACCAACCCAGGAGUUUCCAGUCAAAGCAGCCAUUCCACAAGUCCUCUGGGGAUUCUCCUUCAUACUCCAGUCCUAUCAAGAAUCCUGCCAUGAAACGCCCAGUGCCUUCAGAGCCCUCGGAGAGUCUUGCAAACAAAAAACAGAAAGUAUUGGAUCAGAACUUGCAUCAGCAGCCAAUCCCAAAUGGACUUCGCACGCCUCCAGCCGCACACAGUACUACUGCCACAGUGAACUCCAGUCUACAUGUAAGAACGGAAUUUCAGAGGACAAGCAAUGUUUUGGAGAGCCAGAAUGGCUUCCUCCCACAGCACAGCUACGGCGAUUCCAGCGUCACAAACAAACAAGGCCAGGAGUUCCGGGACCUCAAGCCAGCACAGUUGAACUCUUUACAGACCGAGUACUCCCUCAAAGAGGACGAGCAGCUCUCUGGAAGCCAGCACAAAAAGAAGAAGUCCAAAAAGCAUAAAGAGAAGGAAAGGGAGAGGUUGAAAGAGGAGGGGGGGGAGAAUGCGUGGCCUGAAAGAAGCCCUGAUCUCAAGCACAAUCAGGAGAAUCUCAAAGAAUGUGUAAAUACACCCAUCACUCCCACCACCACAGCAGGAAUACCUGACUAUUUAUUAAAAUAUAACACAAUAACAACUCCAGAACAGCGUCAGAACUACAAAGAAGACUUUUGCGAUGAGUACGACGAAUACAUGGACCUCCAUGCGAGGAUAGGGAGUGUGACUGAGCAGUUUGUACAGCUGGGAUCCAAAAUAAAGACGCUAUCCCCGGGGACACAGGAAUACAAGGUUGUUGAAGACCAAAUAUUUGGGGAAUACAGGAAAUAUAAGAAGAAGUGUCCUGGCUAUCGGGAAGAGAAGAAGCGAUGCAAGUAUUUGCAUCAGAAGCUGUCGCACAUCAAGAGCCUAAUACUUGACUAUGACAAAAACCACAUGCCUUUGUAGUUCCCAUCACCAGCAUCUGAAAUGGACCAAAACACUGCUCCGGGAUACCUGACUACUGUGACUUCUUCUGUACUACAUGGGGGGGAAAAAACAAUACAUGUGCAUUUUAACUACGUUUUAUUUACUGGAAGUUGCUCUUUAAGGAAUGCUAAGACCACUGACUUGUGAUCUAUACAAUUUUUUAGUUUUUUUGUCUAGGGCUCAGCUGGAAUCCAGUUUAUUGAUAAAAAGAGGAUAUUAUUAUUAUUAUUAUUAUUAUUAUUAUUAUUAUUAUUAUUAUUAUUAUUAGUGUGUGUUUUUCUUCAUGUAAGUAAUGUACAUUUCAAGCAACAUCUCCAAUGUGAGGCGUAACUGUUGGUGUUCUGUGCAGGACUGGCAUAUUUCAUGGUGCGCUUUUAGACACUGCAAGAGGGCUAGACAUUAAACCCAACCCCACAAACCGAUUUCACCAAACGCUUUCAACUGAAAAGGGCAGUGCCUUGGUUGAUCUGUAUUUCACAAGGGAGAUCCUCGCCACAAUUUCCAUUUUGAAUAACGUAUGUUACUGCACACCGUGGCCCUGCCAUUAACUCUAUAACAAGCAGAGUACUGAUAUCUCUUUUCAGAGUAAAGCGCUGUUCACCACUGUAACAUGAUGAAACAGUGUUGAUCAGAUUAGCUUGUAUCCCAGUAUACAGCCAGUUCUUUAUUCUGGUAGUCCGCGUGAAUGAGUUUUAUUAUCUAGUGCUGUGGUUGAAGGGCGGUAGAACUUUUCAGAACCUACAAUGUGAGUCAUAUGUAACCUGUAGGGCAGCAGAUCUAGCAGUAUGUUUAGCUGCUAUUGCACACCAAAGAGAGCCAGGCAUUCAGAACAUUCAAAUGUUUCCCAGUGACGUUGCUGUUAAAUUUCACAUUUUGGCAUUUGUUUCAUGUGUAGCUGCAAGCCAUAUGCCAGCACUACAGACCAUGGUUAUCUGAAGCACUGAACAUCAGGGAAGCACAGUGAAGCAGCAACACAAACAAAACUUUAUUCUGACAAACUUCAGAGAGGGAUGGUAAUGUACAUGCACGGAAACAUGCAGCAUCUCUUUACAAACUGCUCAGCUGAAUGAAUUGUACCACAAGGGCUUGGUAGAAAAGGGACUUUUUUAUAUGUAAAUUCUGAACUAUGUAAUGCUGGCAAGUGCAUUCAUAUGUUUCAACAAGUAAGUGUUAUGGCAGAGCUAACCAAGCAUGAAAUCUAUCUAAGCAAUCUCCGUGCUGUCUUCUGUGAUCAGUCUGUAAACCAGUUUGUUUGUGCAGACUCACAAUUCCACACACUGUGUGAGAGAACAUGGAGAUUUACUCCUGCUUCUGGUGUCUUAAAACGAAAUACAUUUACAUAGAAAUAACGAAGGGAGGCAGGAUGAGGCUUUCAACCUAGGAAUAGAAUCACACUUUACAACUGUGUGGUAUUGUUGUACACAAGUCAAAGAACAGGGGUUGCAUGCAGUAGUGUUAACUUUCCAGUUGGGUUCUAGUCUCUCCGAUAGAUCUGUAUUGAGAACCCCACUCUUUAACUGGCUUAUUAAUGCAUUAGAAGGUUACUGUAGCAGCUACGGAAGCAUUCUCCCUUUACACAGGGUACUGCGUUUUAUUCUGACUUUUAAUUGUCCUGGUGUAAUAUUAAGAUGCCUUAAUAAAACCAAAAAGCAAACCGUUCAUUCAAACUGACAGCCAAACUUUAACUAACAUCACAUUGAGUUUUUCUGUGAUACUCCUUAACGUGAGCAGCGUGUCACUGAAAGAUUCAGCAUCCUCGAUUUCAAAGUGGUGUACAGAAGACAGGGAGAUGAAAAUGUGUAAUGUGCAAGGGAACCUCCUGUAAUAGUCAUUAUGCUUUAAAGUGCCAGCGCUGACUGGGUCUGUUUGUGCCGGGACUGCAGUGCUGGGUGUGCAGCAUCCCUGCUUCCUGGACAGGCUGGACGUUGUGUGUUUUUAAUGCCAUUCCUGCUUUUCUUUUUUAAAGUGAAUAAUUUUAAAGUUAACCCUUUAUUUUGUUUCAUAACUCGAGCUCUCCAGACAAGACUAGAUGCUGAAGUAUUUUUGUUUUAUGUUUCUGAUUCAUGGUAACAAACAGGCUUCUCCCAAGCUGUUCAUAACAUUGUUUUGAAUUGAAAAGUAACUCCGAUCUGAAGGCAUUGAAUUUUAAAACUUUAGCAGCAAAAUAAAUUAAAAAAAUAAAAUAAAAUCAUAACACUGGGAAAAUAUGGAAAACCUGAGCUAGCAACAGGGCAUUGCUCCAGGGAUAGGCACUCUGAUUAUUUUGAAAAAGGAAACUGGGUGUUUUUCUAAUGCAUCUGCUGAUCCUGACACUUGUAUUAAUACAGCACCCUGAUCAAAAUGACAGUCACAAUGCAGCAUUAAAAUAAACAGGGACAUAUUACUAGUGUACCGGGCGGUGGCAAAUAGCAGAGACACACAAUUCUAGACUCUUCAAACUGCAGUAUAUUUUGGAAUAAAAACCUGGGACUGCCGUAGGUUGGAGGGAGUGAUAUUUAAUUUAUUUAUUUUGUCCAAAUUAUUAAUGUUCUGGUUAGUAUUUCAAGUAUUUGCUUAAUUUCCUUGUGCUUAUUCAAGGGUUUUUGAGAUUGUACAAUAGCAGCUUCCUUGCAAUGAAGUGCACACAUGAACCCUGGGUUUAAAUGACAGCAUGGGUUCACUUUUAAUGAUGCAGCUUGCAAUAUAUAGGUGCCUAUCUGAGGGGGGCUCCAGAUCACAUUUUUUUGCAGAUCAAUUUGCAGGCGUGACAAAGGAAGAGCGUUGUAUCUAGUGUGACACAACAUUUUCUCAAUGCAAAGGGAUUUCAUUUUUAAAGUGGUUUACUUUUAAAGAAAUGUGUCUUGGAUAAACUAUAUAAUGAAAAACUUUUUUUUUUCUUUGCCAGAGAAACAUUGCAAAAUAUUUAAUUAAAAAUAAAUGCAAAAAACGAUUUACAUUCUCUAUUAUUAUUAUUAUUAUUAGUUUAUUUAGCAGGUGCCUUUAUCCAAGGCGACUUACAGAGACUCAGGUGUGUGAACUAUGCAUCAGCUGCAGAGUCACUUACAAUUACAUCUCACCCGAAAGACGGAGCACAAGGAGGUUAAGUGACUUGCUCAGGAUCACACAAUGAGUCAGUGGCUGAGGUGGGAUUUGAACCAGGGACCUCCUGGUUACAAGCCCUUUUCUUUAACCACUGGACCACACAGCCUCCUUUACGCUCCUAGUGUUGUUACAUUAAUAAUAAUAAUAAUAAUAAUAAUAAUAAUAAUAAUAAUAAUAAUAAUAAUAAUAAUAAUAAUAAUAAUAAUAAUAAUAAUAAUAAUAAUGGUUUUAUCACCAAAAGUCUUCAUCUGUAUGCCAGGUGUAUUAAUGCAUUUUAUUUGUUGUGAAAUUUAUAAAAAUGUGAAGGAAAAAAAAAAAAAAAAAAGAUUGGAUUUGGUGCUGUAUUCUGUCACUGCAUUUGUUUUUGUUGCUGUUGUCUGUUUGUCAGAAGAAACAUCUGUGUAAGAAAUCGUCAUUGCUUCUUUCUCUUUUGCACAAUUGGAUCUGUCUUCUUCAAGGCAGAUGGGAGAUCUAUUAGCUCCGAGGUGAGAGGGGAUUGGGACAUAUCUAUUGAUUGCAGUUUUCUUGUUUUAAGGUCGUGUACCACCUUUUACUCUUCCUUCCAGAAAUUAAAAAAAAAGCUACAAAGACUAUUUCAUGUUUCUGUAAAAAUAUAUCGUUAUUUUGAUCAUG